AUGGCGUUCAACAAAGCUCUCCUCCUCACGGCUCUCAGCCUGGCCUCCACGGUCUCUGCCGUCCCCGCCGCAACUGGCUCGUCUGGUCUGCCUUGCGACAUCUACGCCAACGGAGGCACGCCCUGUGUUGCUGCGCACAGUACCACUCGUUCCCUCUACUCCUCGUACACCGGUCCGCUUUACCAAGUCGUUCGCGCAUCCGACGGCCACAUGACCAACAUCUCGCCCCUCUCCGCCGGCUCGGUCGCCAAUGCUGCUACCCAGGACAACUUCUGCGCCAACACAUCGUGCCAGAUCAAGACGAUCUACGACCAGUCUGGCCGCGCCAAUCACCUUACGCUCGCUCCCAAUGGCGGUGCCGCCUCGGGUGACGUCCUGGCCUCUGCCACCGCGGCACCGGUCACCUUGAACGGCCACAAGGUCUACGGUGUCUACGUCCACCCUGGCGUCGGCUACCGCAACGACAACACCAACGGCAUUGCCACCGGCAACAACCCCGAAGGGAUCUACGCCGUUCUCGACGGCACGCACUACAACGGCGGCUGCUGCUUCGACUACGGUAACGCCGAGACGAGCAACACCGACACCGGCAAUGCUCAUAUGGAAGCCAUCUACUUCGGAACGAACAGCUAUUGGGGGUCAGGCCAGGGAUCAGGGCCUUGGCUCAUGUCAGAUCAAGAGAACGGCCUCUUCAGCGGCUACAAUCCCAAGCAGAACACCGCCGAUCCAAGCCAGACAUCGAGGUUUGUCACGGGCAUCGUCAAGGGUGACUCGUCCAACCUGUGGGCGUUGCGCGGCGGAAAUUCGCAAAGCGGUGGCUUGAGCACGUACUACAGCGGUCAAAGGCCAAGUGGCUACUAUCCUAUGAAGAAGGAGGGCGCAAUCAUCCUGGGCAUCGGUGGAGACAACAGCAACAGUGGACAAGGAACCUUCUACGAGGGCGUGAUGACGACCGGCUACCCCUCCGACCAGACCGAGAACGCUGUCCAGGCUAACAUUGUUGCUGCCGGCUAUGCGGCUUAA